CCGAUUUUACUUCGUCCUUGAUUGCAGAAUUGUACGAAACAUUACAUGUGAUUCAAUCAUCACCAUGCCAGAAACUCUCAAACGCAGGUUAAUAUACGAUGACGACCUCGUGGAAGACUCCGAACCCGAAAGGGAGGAAAAAAGGCAAAAGUUGAGGGAGCAGAAAAGGAAAAAGAAAUAUUUGCGCCUGGACCCGUCACGGGCUGAUCAACUAGACCAAGAUGUUAAUGAGCUAACCAUUACGGAACUCAAUCCCCCUGGUCCAUCAGCUGCUGUAGGCGGUCAGAGCCAGAUCAACAAGCCCGUCGGCGCUUCCAGUCCACUGACAGAGCUGGAUUUCUACCGACAAUUAGAAACUACGGACCAUGUUGCGAUUGAUUCACUUCGACCUUUGCUUGCUCCUGGCAUCGCUCCUGACAGAUGUAAACAUCGAGCCAAUGCACCCGAUACCGCUAAUGGGCCCCAUAACGCGCAGAAAAUGUCGGGCAUGAACCGCACUUCUACAUAUCCCACCCCGCCUCCUAUUGCGACCCUGGAAGUGCCAUUGUCUAGCGACUCUGAGAGUGAAUCCCACCUGAAACUGUCUCGCUUUGCUUUCCGAGCACCUUCCUCUAAGCCUAAGAUCACCGACCUCGGAGGUUUGUCGCGCUCGGGUAGUGUUGUCGCAACAGAACAAAUUCCCGGAUCGACCUCUGCUGCGAAAGCCAGGCUAAAGCGCCCCAAUGUUCAACGCUUCUCCAACGACUUCUCAGAUAAACAACUUGCAUCUCUCACCAACUGCGUUAGCUGCAAUCUGAAGUGGACCUCUACAAAGACUGCGAGCCAAAAAGUGAUCCAUAUCCAAAACUGCGCAAAAAAGAAGUUCAUUUCCGAUGAGACAGUUCGGACACUUAUACGCAAAGAGAUUCAAUCGUCCUCCGACCAGAACGCUUCUGGCCACCAGAAAACUACGGAAGGAGGCCAAAAGCCGGCCACUUUCCUGGAAACGGUUGUCAAUGAGGUGUCCCGAACGAAGAAAGGCAGACGCCCUGUGGUUCUGGGAACCGUCAAGUCUCUCCCUGAAACUCGCGGUAGUAUACUAGGAAGGGCGCGGGCUGUCCUGGAUACUUCUUUGCAGCACGGGGACUCCGUCGUAGGCGCUCAGGUGUCGGGAUGGGCCCAGGGAAGCAGAAGCGACGUCCCCUGCACUCAAGCUUUUGGAACCAGCAUGCUUGCUCGUCGAGCAGACUCGUAUCCUCGUGCACAGUCGGGACCACCACAGACCCAGGCUUUCGGUGAAAGCGCCCUCGGCUGUUUGCAAUCUAACUUGGGCGUCAUUGCGCGACAUGCUCAAACUUCUGGUCUUUGAGAUUAGCGCGGUGGAUCAGGGGAACGCCCCGCUUCUAGCGAUCUAUCAGGUCGAGUUCACCCAAAAUGAUUCUUUCCAAAGCAGUUUCCAUUUCCAACCCAACAUUGAAUUCCGCCAAUCAUUCGUGAUCGUCAAUAUCCAGCACACUCGUAUCGCACUGCGCAGUUAUAAUCAACCUAAUGGUUCUUCACUGUAAUCUCCGACUCUCAUCAAACUCCCGCUUACUUGACAACAAGCCGAGCCAAUUUAGGAACUGAUCCAACUUUCAAGUUGGCUCGUGAUGUCGUGUCUUUCUUGCCCUUUCAUUAAUUUCCGUGGCGCUAUUUUGUAGCAUAACAAUUCUGACUAUAAUGUUCUACUAUGACCUUCAUCCUGUUCUUCAUAACUCGUGCAUCC